AUGUUGGUCUCAUACAUACUUGAGAUUGCUAAAAUGGAUGUGGAAAUUGUUGCGGUUCUAAGAAAGAAACCCACUGCACAAUCUAAAGAAACUUUGAAAUAUCUUGACAAGAUGCAGAAAGGAAAUUUUCUGAAGGACAAUUGGAGUAUUAUGUACAAACAACGAGAUCGGGCUAGUAUGAAGGUUCAAAGAUGUUGUUUCUAUUUGCCUGAUAAAAACCUUUAUUCUACUUCAUGUCUGGAAUAUGUUUUGGGGUUGUCUGAAUCUUUCAAGGAAAUUGAUGAUGCUGACAAUAUAUGCUUUGUAGACAUAAUGAUGUACAUCACAGUUCGUAAUAACUUGCUCGGAUUAAUGACAAAGGUUUUCAAGGUUCAAAAUCGCAUUCAAUAG